AGGCAAGCGAGUAAGAGCAGACCGAGUGAGGAGCGUGUGUGCAAACUGGGAUGAGUAAAUGCACCGGGCAGUUUAGCUGUUGAAACAGCCACAGUGAGAGAGAGAGAGAGCGUGUGUGUGUGUGUGUGUGCACGAGAGUGAGAGUGUGUGCACGUGAGAGAGGGCGUGAGCAUAGAAGAAGAAGAGGUGAAAAGGAAGAAAGAAGCAGAGAAGCAGAAAAAAGGGAGGAUACUCCAACUCCAACCAUGCUGUGCUGCAUAAGAAGAACCAAACCGGUGGAGAAGAACGAAGAUGCGGACCAGAAGAUCGAGCAGGACGGCACUCCCAACAAACCCGAGGACAAGGCCCACAAGGCUGCCACCAAAAUACAGGCUAGCUUCCGUGGACACAUAACUCGGAAAAAGAUGAAAGAUGGAGAGGAAGAUAAGGAAGGAGACAGUCCUGCUGCGGCCGAGGAGGCGACAAAUGGAGAGGAGACCAAGGAGGCAGAGGGAGAAGAGGCACCUGCCAAGCAGGAGGAAACCGCAGGAGGAGAGAAGAAGGAGGAGGAGGUAACAAACCAUGCUAAAAGCCCAGCGGCAGACAAGCCGGGCAACUCUCCUGCCGGCACGGCGACGUCUCCGGUAGCGGCGGCCCCGGCCGCUGCCUCUCCCACGGCCGUCACGGAACCCCAGAAAGAGGAGCCCAAGGUGGAGGAGAAAGCCGAGGAGAAGCCCAAAGAGGUGGAGGCUCCGGCGGCGGAAGCCAAGAGUCCCACCACAGCCACAGCCGAGGAGAAGAGCCAGGAGGAGGAGGAGGAGGCCAGAAAAGCCGACGUGCCUGCUGCUGUCAGCCCCACAGCUGAGAAGGAGGAGCCUAACCAAACAAACGAUAAACAAGAUGCUGCAGAGGAGUUGAAAGCAGAGGAGGCCGCCCCAGCAGAUGGGCUGGCGGAGCCCUCUGAGUCCAUGGACGACUAAGGAAGAAGUCGAACCACUUGAAAGCAGAAUCAAGAAGAAGAAAAACAAAAAGAAGAAUAACACAAACAAAAAUCUAAAAAGGUUGCUCUUUUGCCUUCUCAAUGUGAAGGCAGUCAGUUUCUAUUUGUUUGUCAUUUUUUGUGUGGCAAUGAUUUUCUCAUGUGUGGGGUGGGAGGGGGGAGUUUCCAGCGUGACGUUUUUUGGCUCAAGCUAAUAGUACGAGGAAGUUUAGGAUGAUGUUGGUGUUGUUAAUGGUUAUGAAUAUUGAUUGUUACUUUGAUGAAGAAGGUGACGAUGAUGACGGCGAUGUUGGAAAGCUAUUUGGUACAUCUUCACUAUUUAUAAUGUAAAUGUUGACAUGACCGCUCUCAACUGGAACAUUCACACGUUUAAAAGGCAUUGCCGAUGCACCCCACUUCGUUUUGCACAGUAAAGCCACAUUUCAAAGAAAAACCGUUCUGCAAUUGCACACACACAAAAAAACACACCAGUUUUCACGUGGAACCCCGGUUUUCAACACACGACAAGUGUAUUGGAAACACAUCGAAAACUGCACUGAUUCAUUGGAUGAAUUAAAGAAUGUAUGCUUAAAUGUGUGACACUUCCAGUUGGGCAAUUCUUUGCCGAAUUCAGAGACAACAGAAAAACGACAAAACUUUUUCUCUUCCUAUUGUGCUUGAGUUGUUCAAGCUUGGUUUACGCCCCUUUUACAAACUGUCAGCUUGCAUUUACACAUAAAGGACCUGUUGCCCUUCAAAUCAUAUAAUAAUCUAUAGAAAAUAAGUUUAGUAUUGAUGUAACUGGCUCUGACAUAUAUUAAUUUGUUUUCUGCCAUKCAAACGUGAGAACAGUAGCAUGAACCAUCGAACCAGAUGCAUGAUGGGAACUCUCCCUAUGAGAGGAACUUCGUCGCAGUCACAAAAAACUUCAGAGGUGUGGCGGCUUCUCUUUGAUGUCUUUGGUGUUGUUAUGACGGUUUAUAUAAAUUGGAAAAAUACUCUUGCACUGAUGUUACAAAAUAUAAUUCUGAAAAGAUAAAUCAAARGAGUAAAACAAACAAUGAACCAAUGAAAAAAAGAACUGCUUUUCCUAUGUUUCAGUGAGUGCAAUGUCCAGUUUCAACCUUAUCAAGGAUUUCAAACUUGUGAAAAAAACGUUAAAAAAAUAAAAAUGGUUUCCAUGUCUGUUUUCAAAAAUAAAGCAAAUGUGCCAAUUAC